ACAAAAGUGAAAGUCAUAAAACCAAUGCGAGUGACGAAAAAGUGAAGUGACCAAAAACAAAAUGCGUCGUCGGCAAUUACCACCCGUUCGCGAAGAACCAAAAAAAGUCAUGUGUGAUAACGACUGGAUAAUUUAUACUCUAGUAGCUUCUAUAGCUGCUAUAACGUAUUCUAACAGUUUGAACGGUGACUUCGUUCAUGACGACAUUCCGGCUGUAGUCACGAACGGGGAUGUGACGGGAACGAACACGGUUGUGACAGUGUUUAAGAAUGACUUCUGGGGCACGCCGAUGAGUGAUCCGGGGAGCCACAAGUCUUACCGACCGCUCACUACGCUGACUUUCAGACUAAACUACCUCUUCUCCGGCCUCUCGCCCUGGUACUGGCAUGUUACCAACGCGUGUCUCCACUGCGUUAGCUGCACGCUAGUCGCGCGCGCGAGCGCGACGAUCGCACGGCUGCGGCGACCGUUCGCAGCGCUCGCUGGGCUAUUGUUCGCGCUGCACCCUGUACAUAGUGAAGCGGUAGCAGGAGUGGUGGGCCGAGCUGACGUGCUGGCUUCUAUAUUCUUCCUGUCAUCAAUACUCAUGUACCACGGAUGCUCCAACCGCUACCGGGCUUGGUGGAGCGUGGUCCUGGCUGCCCUCAGCAUGUUGGCGAAGGAGACUGGCCUCACUGCGUUGCUGGUCAACAUAGUCUUGGACCUGUACAAGAGUUGGCCUGGAGCAAGGUGUUCUCUUAUGGUGAAAUGGCGUUGGAAAGGCGACGCUUGCGCACGCAUCACUAUUGCGUUAGCGGGACUGGUGUUGUUGGCGACGGCCAGAGUGGCCCUUCUGCAGGGUUCGCUGCCUGCGUUCUCACCGCAGGACAACCCACCAGCGUUCCAUCCUUCAUUCCUGGUCAGGCUAAUGACGUUCUGCUACCUGGCGGCCUUCAACUGGUGGCUACUUCUCUGCCCGUGGACCCUAAGCCACGAUUGGCAGAUGGGUUCCGUCCCAUUGGUAACCAGCGGAUGGGACCCUAGGAACCUUCUUACAGUUGCUGCCUUGAUAGUACUGAUAGCACUAUCGUAUAGAUGCUGGAUAGAUUUGGAGUUCCAAAGACACACCCCUGCUGCGGUGGGUCUGAUGCUGUUGGUGAUACCAUACCUGCCGGCAUCGAACCUGCUGGUGACUGUCGGUUUCGUGGUUGCUGAGAGAGUCCUGUAUUUGCCAAGCGUGGGCUCAGUGAUCCUCACAGCCUACGGGAUCCAGCUCCUCUGGCAUCGCUCCAACCGGCGUCUGCUGGUGGUUGGAACUGCAAUAUUAGCUGCCAGCUUCGCAGCAAGAACUAUCCUGAGGAACCAGGAUUGGAGAACCAGGGAGACGCUUUUGAGAGCGGACUUGGCGGUGUUACCGCACAACGCCAAACUGCACUACAACUUCGCAAACUUCUUGAAAGACAAGGAGCAACAAGAAAAUGCUAUCAAACACUAUAAGGAAGCAUUGAAGUUAUGGCCGAGCUACGCCAGCGCGCACAACAACCUUGGCACCCUGGUGAUUGCAUCAGGCCGGGCCGAGCACCACUUUCUGCAGGCGCUCAAAUACAACAGGGACCAUGUCAACGCGCACUAUAAUCUCGCUAAACUAUACAGGAAGAAAAACCGCCUCGCUGACUCCCUCAAAAUGAUAGAACGCUGCCUGACCCUGGAGCCUCGCUUCGUCCAGGCCUACGUGGAACUGCUCCACUUGAAAAGUGAAGACCAGAAGAAGGGGAUCCUAGACAAACUGCUGGAGAUAGAGCCGAGAAACUGGGAGCACUAUGUGCUGUAUGGGAACUGGUUUAAGGGCAGAGGUCUUCUACCCAUCUCUCUAAAUUACUACAUGACGGCCUUGAAACUCUCUCUCGCAAGUGGAGAGCGUCGCGGCGUCGCAGCCCUCCGCGCAGCGUGCCUCGUGCUGCGACAGAAGGGGCAAUGGGCGAGGGCGUUACAUCUUAUUAUCAGGUAGAAUUGUAGCUG